UCUCCGGCGCUGUCUGCAAGCUACAUCUCAUCGCUGCAUCGUCUCCGCCUCCAUCGUUUGCAGCAGCUUUGCUCGAUUAUUAUCAAUUCAUUAUAUUGUUGUUAUUAUUAUUAUUAUUAUCAUCAUCAUAUAUAAUUCGCUUACGCGUCUUUUCAUCAGUAAUCGGGCCAGGACUGCUGCGAGUUAAAGGGCUGGACCACGGUCUCUUUGAUAACAAGAUCACUGACUCGCUGCCUUAAUCUCCGUUGUAUAAUAACUUACAAUUAAACUGUAUAUUAUUGUACAUUCGUAUCGAAUUAUCCGCGUCUGUAUAACAUCCCAUUGACGACGCGGACGUCGCAGCGGUGGCAAUCAUCACGACGAGCCGACGACAUGAGAUGCUGUUGGCCGUCAGCCGGAUCCGAUGGAUGUGUUUGUUGUGCGCAUGCGCACUGGCCGAUCAACGCGUCAACACCGCGAACAACGACACUGCACAAACAGGGUUGGGAGAACAGUGUUUCCAAGACGACACGUGUCAGUUGCACGACAAGCACGCGGUGUGCGCACAGGUGGACCACAACGCAAUAUGCAAGUGCAAACAGGGCUACCACAUCGUCACUGUGUCCAGGCCUACCAACGCCAGGAGCAGUUUUUGCGCCCAAGACGAUUCGGACGGCAAAGCUGGCGGUUCGUCGCUGCUCGGCGUCGUGGUCGGCCUGCUAGUGUUCUCGGCGCUCAUCUGUUUCGGGCUGCGCCUGUCCACGGCCUCCAGACCCCGGCAUUUCCCGACCACCAACUUAUAUCCGAACAAGCUGCUGUGUUCACGUCAAACUAAAGCAUCUUCGAGCAAACAUUAUGGCACGUCAGAUUCUGCAGCGGCCAACGGACAACAAGAAGACGAGAGUAGUGCUGGUCAGUCGGAAGCCAAAGACGACGAUACGAGCAGGGUAGGAGCUGCCAGAGCAGCUGCUUUCAUAUUGAUCUCUUGCCGGCCAUCCACGUCGGAGUCAACAACGGCCUCACCGAGCAGGGCAAAAAGGGCAAAAAAAUUGGGUUAUGGUCGUACCGGCAGUGAUCCAGCUGUGCACAGUACAUCUUCAGUGAAAACAUACAACUUAAAAUGGUAUCAAAGGGACCAGCAGAGAAGGCAUUCGACAAAGAACAGGGAAGCAAAAGGCACUCCACCUAGUCAUUGUUCGACCGAACAACUAAUACAAAAUAGUUCAAAAGACGAAUGCUCUAGAAACAGUCAAACAGCUUUGAACUCUAAAGACAAGUCGAAAGCAUCAUCGGUGAGCCGCAUCGAACACAGAGCUUUGGUUCAUCAUUCAGCUGCGACGAUAAGUGGCGGCGGCGGAAACUGCACGGAACCCACGGUCACAGUCGAACUAUCGGAACAGCCGCUACAACGUUCGGAAGGAAUUAUCACACAGGGAACACGAUGAAACGUAUUACCUAUACGUACGAGUAUGAUAAGAAAUAUUUAUGAAAAGGAUAAUAUUAUGACUAAUAUCUUAUUAAAAUAUAUAGUGUAUAAUUCUAUGUUCUAAUUUCGCCUACCAUAAUAAUUAAGUGAUAUAAAAUUUCUCUAUUAUAAUAAUGUAAUCAAGUAUAGUAUUCUCUGCUCGUGUAUAGACUGUAAGACGGCCUUAAAGUUAUCAUUUAUAGUGGAUGCGGAAAGGGUUGAUUUGUGAGAGGGUAAUAGCACUGUCCGAGAUUAUUGUAUAGCUGAUAUAGAUGCAAAUACUAAGUUUGUUCCUGAUCCUAUUCGAGUAUGCUACCCCGGAAAAUAAUUUCUUCGAACAUUAUUACAAGUCGACGGCCGUUGUACAUUUUUAAAUAUUUCAAUGUACCUCAAUAAUUCGCAUUUUUGCAUUUUAAAUCGUCGUUUAAUCAUUACAAAAUGUUCAUUUUGUCAUGAUGUAUGUAGAUCGCUGUUAAAAAAUAGCGGUGCAAAGUUGGUCGUAUUUAUAUAUUAUUUACAUACUAUACCUAUCGAUUUCACUUGGGCAUAUUUUUAUCGUUUCUCGUUCAACGCCACUCGUUAGCGAAACUGCAUGUACCUUUAUAGUGUGUAUCUGGUAGAAUCAAACAUUUUAAUUGAAUUAGGUAAGUUUAAAUAAUAUAUCAUAGUAUGUUCCAAAAUACAUUAUAUGUUUUGUAGAUGUUGGCUAAAAUACUUAACGCUACCGCAAAACACGGUCACGUAAUGCAAUGAAUAAUGAGAUAUAGGUACUUAUUUAUGUUUAUUUAAGUUUGUGUAACUGCGUGUAUUGCCCAUUUGAAUCAAUCUCGACGAUCGACCACGGAGGCCGGGCCGGGUAAUUUACUAAAAAUUUUCAAAACCCAUACUUCCAUGAUAUUCCUUACACGAGGAACAAUAUUUUUAUAUAAUUUCUAGAUAAGUGUUUUAUACAAAUAUACAGUUUGUUUGAACGUAUGGAAUUAUAUUAACUGUAUACUAUACGUAUCUAAUAUUAUUAACAAUGUUAUUAUAAUUAAUGAUUAUUGUAACCUAUAUAGGUAUAUUCUAAUAUAAUAUAAAUAUUUAUGAAAAAUUCGUAAAGUGUGCGUGUCGAUGUUGACGUUGAGUCUAUUUAUUAUUAUUAAUCUAUGAAUGUAUUAUUAUUAUUGUUAUUAUGUUAUACUACCUACUAUAUAGUGAGUAAGAAAAAUAAUAAGUAUUAUAAUUUAUAGUUAAUAAGAAAUAAUUUAGCGAGUAUGAAUACGUGUGCCCAUGACUAUCUAGAAUUUCGUUUUAAAAAUAUUGAAAACAGCCAAAGUUCAACGAUUUUUAUAAACCAUCACAGGCAUUAUAAUAUUAUAUAAUACAUAACGACUUAUUUAUUAUGAUAUUAUUAUGAAACUGCAAUUUCGGAUUAAAGUAUUAGCAAAAAUAAAAAUAAAAAUAAAUAAUUUUAUAUUUUUUAAUUCAGUUAUGAUGAUUUUAGUUCAAAUAUACAUUUAAAAACUAUAAAAUAUUAUAAUAAUAAUACAUAUGGGUACAAUAUAAUAUAUAAAUGUAUAUUAUUGUUGAUCUGUUAAAAUACAAAUUGAUAUUGAUUUAAUUUACGUAUAUCAUACUAUCAUUUUGUAUGAUAUUAUGGUUAAGUCAUAUAUUAUUGUUAUGGAUAUUGCGUCGUUACGGAUGAUGCAUACAUGAUUGAUUAAGACAAUAACCCAUUAAAAUUAAAUAUAUUUAUCAUAUAUACUGAAUGGCUGAAUAUUGUAUGCGUAUCCAUAUUGUAUAAGAUUACAGAGCUAGCACUAUAAAAAAUUACUCAAUUAGGGACAAAAAAAAAAAAAAUUAAUAAA